AGUUGCGAUGUGUGAGGAAAAAGAGACCGACGAAGUCGAUUGACCGGCCGGAGAUCUCGUGGGAAACGACCUUUGUUAUAUACGCUAAUGUAUAUAACAUUAUCAUAAACAAAAAAUCUGUUCACUUGAAUUUUAUUGCACGCGAUGGGAGUCACUGGACUGUGGCGAUUAAUAGAGCCUGCGGGGAAGCCUGUACCUGUAGAAACUUUAGAAAAUAAAGUAUUAGCAGUAGAUAUUUCUAUAUGGUUGCACCAGAUGGUAAAAGGAUACCAAGAUACAAAAGGAGCUCCACUGCCAAAUGCCCAUUUGAUGGGCUUAUUUCAAAGACUCUGUAAAUUAUUGUAUUUUAGAAUCAAACCUGUAUUUGUGUUUGAUGGUGGGUUUCCUGAACUAAAAAGAGAGACAAUAGUAAGUUUCAUUUAAAGUACUAUGUUUAUGUACUGCAGCUAAAACUUAUAAUAAAAAAGGAAGAUUUUAUUAUGUGACAGUACUAAGGUUGUCUCAUUACAGCCUAUAGUUACUGCUGAGCAACCCAGAAAUGAAGAAGAUUCUUAAAUAUUUAAGUCACAUUUUAUGAAAGUGUUAAAAGAAGUUUUUAAAAACUGUUGAGCAUAUGAAAACAAAACAAAAGAAGUUAUUACUUAAGUAAUGGUAGCAAGAUAACCAAUAUUGAUAUUUCCCAAUCCAAAAACAGCAUAUUCAUAUAAUGUGUAUUUUUAAGUAAUCUCUUCAAGUUUUGGAUGGUUUUUAUUGUUUUUUUUUAUUUGGGUUACUUGGUACUAGAUUUCCUAAGGUUUUGUAGACCAGAGAAAGUUGGAAAAAAAAAAUACUUUUAUAUCUUUAAUUUUAUAAAUUUUCAGGAUAAAAGACAACAUAAUAAAUUAAAAUACAAUUCUGAAUCAGAAAGACUUAAAAGAGAGCUCGCCCUCCUGUUAAGUAAAAAAACUGCUCUCAGCAGUCUUUUGGGAAAAGAUUUGUCACCAAAGAAAGGAACUACAUCAAAUGAGACAGACAAUGAUGAUAUUUUUAAAUUACCUGCAUUACCAGAACGUAAAGAUGAAUCUGACUUAGAAUCAGAUGAAGAAAGUAGUUCUGGUUCAAUCAUAGAUUUGCAUUCUGUUGAUAUUGAAUCUGAAAAUUUUAAAAACUUGCCAGUCAAAGAUAAAUAUGAUUUGCUGCUAGAGCUAAAAGAAACCAGAAAAAUGAAUUCAUGGGGAAGAAUCCAUGAAUUACCAAAAAAGAGUGAUAACUUUUCAGAUUUUCAAUUGCAGAGAUUGCUGAAAAGAAGAAAAGUUCAAGAAUGCUUGGAAGAAACUGAAAAAGAAAUGGGUGAUGGAGGAAUGUCUAUUAUAGAAAUAGAAUCAUUACUUAAUGAAGAAGGCAUUGAUACCAAAAUUGAAACUUUAGCUACUCAUCGCAUUGCUUCUAAUAACACAACUAGGUUCUUACUCAUAAAUAAUAUGAAGCAAGCAUUGACGGAAGCUAAAAAGAAAAUCAAUAACCCUGAAAUUAAUGAAGAAGCAGAAGAAACAAAUAAAAAAAAACAUGGAAAUACUGAACUGGAAGAUGACUUGGAGAAAGCCAUAAAGAUGUCAUUAGAAUGUGCCGAUGAUCACAAUCAAAGUAAUUACAACUCUAAGACUGAUGAUUCAUGGACAUCUGUAUUGACAGAUUCAGAUUAUACAGAAGAAACAGAUUCAGAAGGAGAUAACUUUCAGCAGUCCGAUCUAUCUUGUGCUAAGGCUUUUAUAAUGCAAUACAGCGAUUACACAAAUAAAGCAAUUAAUAAAAUCGUUUCAUCUAAGAAUACUGUUACAAAUAAACCUUUACAAAUUAAAUUAGAUGAGAUAUUAGAAGAAAUCAAUAAUGAAAAAUCUAUCAUUGCUGCUAAAAUUGAUUUAUCAUCUGAUGAAGACUGUAAACCCAGUGAUCAGAAACUUUUAGAAAAGGAAACUAUACAUGAUUCCAUAUUAGAAUCUAAUGAAUCUGUUCAAAUAAAUGAUGGUGAUAUAAAUGUAACUCAGUCUUCUGUUAUUUAUGUUGAUAACCCAACACAAGAUAUUGUGUUGUUGGAUAGUAGCAUAGAAGAAAAUUCUGAAAAUAGUAAUAUUUGUACUGAUGCACAAAUUCUAAAAGAACAAAGGUCUUCUAAAUCUGGUAAGUUUUUAGGAAAGUCAUCGAAUAUUGAGAAUGUUACCUGUGAAGUUGCUCAGAAAGGUAUAAACUCAAGAGAUCUUGACAACAAUAGUAAAAAUGUAGAAAUCAAUUUAGACACUGAUUCAAAUGAUGACGAUUUUGAAGAUGUUCCUGAUGUAGAAGAUAAAUCUCGGAAAACGAUUGUGCAGCUUACUUUGGAUAUGAAUAAUAGUUGUGAGGAUAAAGAAGACAUAUUUGCCGAUAUUUUUAUGAAACCUGAAGUUAAACAUUAUCUCAAAACAGAAGAUGUUUCUGGUGAUGAUAUAUCAGAGAAAUACCAUGAAACUUUAGAUAAUGACGAAACUAGAUCUUCAGCCGAUAGAACAGAGUAUAUUGAGCGUGUAAAAGAAGACAAAUUUCAUAAAGAAGAAUUAGAAAAGCUGCAAUAUGUUCAGCUUUCUUCAUCUAGUAUGGGGCCUAGAGUGAUAACAGAUGAUAAAUUACACGAAAAUAUAACAACUAGUAUUAAAAACUCUUCCGAUGUUGGAGCUAUAAAAGAAAAAGAGAUAACUCCUGAUGGUAAUGAUGUUGUGAAAACUGUUGAUAUUAUAGAACUAAGAGAACCAGUGAAAAAUACGAUAACAGAAGAGAAAUUAAACGAAAUGGCAGAAAAAGUAGCAAACAAAGAACAAGAAUUAAUUCAAGAGAAAGGACGCUUGGAUCGUAUUGGCCGUAAUAUCACCGAACAAAUGACAAAAGAAGCUCAAGAACUGCUGCAAUUAUUUGGUGUACCAUACGUCGUUGCUCCCAUGGAAGCGGAAGCGCAGUGUGCUUUCUUAGAAUCUGCUAAUUUAACUGAUGGAACGAUUACUGAUGACAGUGAUAUUUGGCUGUUUGGAGGCAGGACAGUUUACAAAAACUUCUUCAAUCAAAAGAAGCAUGUUCUGCAGUUCCUUUCUGAAAGAAUAGAAAAGUCAUUUAACCUAACCAGGGAACAACUGGUUUUAUUAGCGUUGCUAGUCGGAAGUGACUACACAACUGGACUGGACGGUAUCGGACCUGUAACUGCUAUGGAGAUACUAGCAUCAUUCCCUUACAAUAAAAAGCAGUUUUUAAAUGAAACGUCUAAACAAGGAAAAUAUCAGCAGAUAGUCACUGGACUACAAGAGUUCAAGAAAUGGGUCAAAGCUGGAAAACGAACUGAUAAUAUUAAUUUAAAAAAGAAGUUGCGAAAUGUAUCUUUGACUGAAGAUUUUCCUAGUAUCAGGGUAGUCCAGGCCUACAUGGAACCCAAUGUAGAAAAGAGCGAAGAUAAGUUUACUUGGGGCGAUAUAGACAUAACAAUAUUACGCGAUUAUACCAAAGCUAAGUUUGGGUGGUCCCAAAACAAGUUGGACGAAAUAAUUAACCCUGUUAUAAAAAGGAUAAAGGAACGAAAGAGUCAAAAAACUGUGCAAGAUUAUUUUAAAAGAAGAGUGGAAUUUCAAUCCCUCGAGGACCAAAUGAGUAAAAGAGUGAAGGCAGCAGUGCAAAAGAUGGGACCAGAAACUGUUUCGAAUGAAGAAAAUCUCCUUGAAAGCAAAGAACCAAUACCCUCUAAAAAAAGGAAACCUAACUCUAAAAAAUCUGCAAAAAAAUCCUCAGCACUUCCGGGACCUUCGAAAUUUAAAGAAGAAAUCAAUAUAUCGAAUGUUGUAUCUUCCAUAAUCGCUAGUAAAACUGAUACAGAUAUAAUCAUUCCUAAAACGCAGAGAUUCCAAGAGAUAAUACCACAGAGAGAAAAGGACAAACAAUGCAUUCUGCAAAAUAAAAUGAAGGCCAUUGAAUUAUUUAGAAAAACGAAAAUUGAUAGGAAGAAAAGACCUACUAAACGAAAAGUAGUUUUACCUAAAGAAAAGGCUGAAUUGUCAGAGAGUAGUGAUAGUAAUUAAAAAAGAAACAUUAAAUCUUUUAAACAAUAUUGAAAGUUAGCCAAGCAUCUCUGAGGUCCUGGUCCCAGUCGGGUCAAUGUAAAAAAUUAACUUUUGUCUCUGGUCUGGGUGUUGUAGUACUUCUCAGAUACUCAAUAAUACGGGAACUUAACCUUCAUCUUGAAAUCUGAUUUUGUCGAAUAUUAGAAUAAAAUAUAUAGACCUCUUCAGAAAAGUAUAACAACUUCUAUAUAUUUAUAUAAAGUUACAUCAUAAUUUUAAAAUAUUUAUUGUUAUUUAUGUUGUUUUUAUUAAAAAAAUAACAGUUUCAUACUAUAAAAAGUAAAUUUAUUGUUUACAUUCAACUGAAUUAAGCAUAAGUAGGUGUAAAUAACACAGAAGAUGACGAAAACAAUUUGCACUUCAUAAAAUAUAGUAGAACAAUAAAAUAAAUGAACAAGUUACUUUGUAAAUAUGUGUUAUGUAUGUUGCAAUAAAAUUUAAAUCUAUUACCCUCAAAGGUUUUACCGUGACAUCAAUAUUUCAGUUUUACCUAAUACAAUAAUCGAUUGUCGAAGAUAUCUCAGACAUAAUUAAUUUUAUG